AUGAAUAUAGAAACUAAUUUCGAACUCAAAGAAGCCCUAAUCGCCAUGGGAGUGACGCAGAUGUUCAGUGACAACGCUGAUUUGACUGGAAUCACCAAGAGUCCCCCUCUUAAAGUUUCCAACGCUGCUCAUAGAGCUAUCAUUGAGGUGGAUGAGGCAGGAACAACAGCAGCAGCCGCCACAGUCAUCACUGUUAUACCGCUGUCACUUCCAUCGCAGCCACCAGUGCAAUUCCGAGCUGAUCAUCCAUUUUUGUUCAUCCUCACAAAAAAUAACAACCCUCUGUUCAUGGGUCAAGUUCGUGUGAAAGAUUGA